GAAGGCUGAACUGGAGUUCUGGUGGCUUAGGAUUGCCAGUGAUAUUUGUUGAUAUUACCUUAGAAUCAUGAAUAUAUCGCAUACUAUACUUCUCUUGUACCCAGUGAAACUGUUUCUGUUUUGUGCAGUACUGGCCUUCCUAACUGUGCAUUGCUUUAGUGGUGAAAGGGAACCCCUCCUUCGGCUAAAUGGAGUGAACGUGAGCCUAGCCAAAGGCAGAUGGGCCCGAUCAGUAAACAACCCUCCGCAGCCGAUUGACUGUGUGCUUUCCAGCUGGUCAUCGUGGAGCACCUGUGACCCCUGUCAAAAGAAAAGAUACAGAUUUGCUCAUGUGGAACGGCCUUCUCAGUUCAGGGGAGACCUGUGUGACUACUCUGACAAAGAAACAGAAGAUUGUGUUACAAACCAUCCUUGCAGAAAUAAAGUUAGAUGCGAAGGCUUUGUAUGUGCAAUUACAGGAAGAUGCAUUACACGGAGGUUGCUUUGCAAUGGAGAUGAUGACUGUGGGGAUCAGUCAGAUGAAAAAAACUGUAAAAAGGUGUAUAGAAAAUGCAACCAGAAGAUGGAGCAAUAUUGGGCAAUAGAGAAUCUGGCAAGAGGGUUAAAUAUCCUCACGAACAAUCUGGAAGGUUUGGUUCUUGAUCACAGGUACUAUGCUGGGGGGUGUACUCCACAUUAUAUUAUGGAUACCAGGUUUAGAAAACCAUACAAUGUAGAAAGCUACUCCCCAGAGACCAAAGGCAAAUAUGAAUUUACAUUGACUGAAUACGAAUCUUAUUCAAGUUUUGAAGAAAAUAUCCUCAGGGCAAAAGCUUCGCAGACUAGCUUUGGCUUUGGAAUAAAGAUACCAGGAGUGUUUGAACUUGGUUACAGUUAUAGUGACAACAGGUUCAAGAAGUUCAUUCAAAGGAUGAAAAAGUUUUCUGCAACUUCCAGCAAAUUUAUUCAUGCCCGUUCUGAGCUGGAUGUUGCCCGUUAUAAACUGAAGCCUCGGACUCUGAUGCUCCAUUAUGAGUUCCUGCAGAGACUCCAUCAGCUGCCUUUAGAGUACAGCUAUGGUGAAUACAGAGAACUUUACAGAGAUUAUGGGACGCAUUACAUUACUGAAGCUACUCUUGGCGGCAUCUACGAAUAUACUUUAGUUGUGAACAGCGAAGAACUCCAAAAGGCAGGUUACUCUUUAAGUGACAUCCAGUCCUGUGCACAGCAUGGCUUUAACGUUGGUGGAAAAGUCUAUGGAGUUUAUAUACGUUUGGGAAUGUCAGCUGCUGGCUGUAAGGCUGUUUUAAAUGAAAUUGGAGACAGCAUCAGGCAAAAGCAAGUUGUGGAAGAUUUCAUAGUCCUUGUUCGUGGAGGAGGGAGUGAGCAUAUCACGACACUUGCCUACAAAGAUCUGCCAACUGCUCAGCUAAUGCAGGAGUGGGGAGAUGCAGUACAGUACAAUCCUGAAAUCAUAAAGCUAAAGGCAGAACCCCUGUCUGAACUGGUGACUGCAACGGACUUUGCAAAUGCAAAUACACUAAGGGAAAAUAUGAAGCGUGCCCUUGUGGAGUUUCAGCUGGAGACCAGUUCCUGUCAUUGUGCUCCAUGCCAUGGCAAUGGAAUUGCCUUUUUGAAAGAAACGCGCUGUGAAUGUAUCUGUCCUAUAGGAUAUCGUGGUACUGCCUGUGAGAUCACAGAAAGAAAAGAUGUUACUAUAGAUGGAAACUGGGGUUGCUGGUCCAGCUGGUCUGCAUGCUCUGGAGGACAACGGAUGACAAGAAGACAGUGCAAUAACCCUGCCCCACAAAAUGGUGGCAAGCCAUGCACUGGGCCAGAUGUUGAAACUAUUAGGUGUUAAGGAAAAUUACUAAAAAUAUAUAAACUAAAAUGACUACCACCUUGCAAAGUUAGUGGGAAGAUAAUUAUAAUUGACUUGAUCAAGCCUCUUUAUUCCUCUUUAAGGGCCUGAUCCAAUGCACACUGAAGUCAACAGAAAGAUCUAACAGGCAUUGGAACAGGAUUCAUAUUUUUAAUAUGAGUCAUUCUGAUUUGACAUGCUGGACAAUUGUCCUGCAGGAUUAAGUGUCCUUGUUUGUUUUAAUAUUGUGGCUUUGCUAUAGGCCUUCAUUUCAAUGGGCUAAUCAAACAAAACUUUAUUUCUUGCACUAUGUGAUACCUGUUGAUUUUUCUUGAGUUUUAAUCUGUGUUCUCAGAUUCCCCUGAGAUAGGGAAAAGGGCAUUUUAUCUUGCAUACACAGGAAAGCAGAUGUGACUCCUCAGAAGACAGCUGUGUCGUGUUGAGCAAAAUGCAGAAAAUUAAAAACUAAAUCUGCAUCAGAGCAAUAGCAUCUAAUGUGAAAUUUGAGUCAGAUGUUUAUCCUAUUAAAAAUUGUUUUGAAGGAAAGAUAAUUGAAUUGAGUAGUACUCUCAAAUACUCAAAUAAACCAAAGCAUCAAAUACACUCUCAAAUACACGCUAACCUGUGCAAUAAUUUGUACUCUUAUUCAUGUUUAGCCCCCUGUCCUGUUCACUGGCCCAGCGUGAAGUUCUUCAAGCUAGGGGAAAUCUGCCUUGUGACUUUUUACACAACUUUAGGAAACUGCUCCUGAGGCUCCUCUUUGUGCUCUGCAUUGUGUGUCAGUGUGUAUUCACCUCAGUCAAACCACCAGGAACAAGAGCAAGACUUUAUUCUGUAAAGAAACACAGAACAGGAUUACAGUCCAGCAGCCGCCUCUCUGCUUGCCUGCCUCGUGCUUCCAGCUUCAGUCAGUGCUGAAACUUCCUGCUGGGAGGGCAGAGGGUACAUCCUGGCAGAAACCAAGAAAGUCUCCCAACAUGCCGCAGUCUGUAGCCCACAACUUAUAGUUCCCAUGGCUACUGCUGAAGCACACAGGACCUUGGGCUGCACGUGGGAUAAGCUUUCCAUAGAACAAAUACAUUUAGAAGGAGGCUGGAGCAUAAUAUCCAAAAGGCACUUAAAGAAAUUAAAAUCAUGAAUUUUGAAGUAUGCAAAACCAUAUGCCAGAAUGAAUACUGUACCCCAUGGAUGUUGUGGCCAAACGGGAAGUGGUGUAUGGAAAAUGAUGUCUCAGAAUGAGGUCAUAAUGCAAGCCAAUCAGCAUUCUACUUACAUUCUCCAGAAAUAUCACUGUCUUGGGAACAGCUCUAGCAAUGAUGGCAAAACUAGCCUUCGUUGUCACGGAGGUGGGCCAAUUGCUCCACUAUUUGGUCCCCCUGAACACCUCGGUGUUUCAACACACCCACUGCUAAUCCAGCCAGUUCAAAUAUUUGAAAUACAGAGAGGCCAGCAAACAAACCAUAGCAAAAACAAACUAGCUGUCUUCAUGCAUUUCUGAUGUACCUAUCAUGGUUGCCCCAGGUUCUUAAGACUCAAAUUCUGUGUGAAAUGGGACAGAAACACUCAGUUCUUGUGUCUUCAUUAUUGGAUGAUGACCUUUGCAAAGACAUUAGUCUGUAGGUGACCAUGCUGUGUAAUAACUAUAGUCAUGUCAGUGUUCCAGCAAAACUAUGAAUAUGGCAACCUAUGCAAAUAUUUAUCUGCUUGCCUAUUUGUUGUAAGUUUGUAACAUUUGCAAGGGCAAAUAUUCUUUUGUCUGGUAAGUCCUUGCCACUUACUGUCCUUUCUAACUGACAUUCUCUUUAUGCAAUUCUGCUAAAAAGAACUCAUGCUUACUGACAUUUUAAACAAUGGAACAUACAUUUGAUUUUAAUCCUCAUGCUGCCUACAUAGUUAUGGACUAGGUCUUUGUGACGGCAUUAAGAAAGGAAAAACAUGUUGCAGAUAUAAAAGCAGAAAACACUCUUCUCAUAAAUGGGCUACAUAAUUGAGCUGCCAACCCAAAAACGCUUCCGUUUUUAUGCUGUAACUGUUAACGCUUUUAUGUGCUGGAAUUUUGCCAGGAGGCUCAUUAGGGUCUCCGUCAAAGAGGGCACAGCCAAAGCAAAAUAUAUUUAAAGGGAUACCAGCAUGGCUGUUAGACACAGAACCCUGAUUAACCAACAUUGUUGCAUCUCACAGGUGUCCAUGCGACUUGCAUGCAAACAUGCAGUGCCGCACUUAAGUUCUCCCUGCUUCGAAACAGGCCAAGGAUGGAAAUUAACAAGGUAUCCUGCUCUACAGGAGUGUGUUCUGUUUUGUAUUUCAACAGCUUUCCUGAGCAUGAUGAUGGAGUAAUCAGGCAGAUCAGAGGCUCACAUGCACAUCCAUCAAAUGCAUCUGCAGUCACAAACAAACUUUGUAACCUGACUUCGAAAGAUCCACUGAGCAGACGAAUAUUUUAUCAGUGUGUCAGGCCUGGGGUGAAGGGUAACACCGAUAUUUCAAAAUCAGCAGGAUUAUUUAAGUAUAAUUUCUGUUGGAGAUUCAAUUUGGGGCCUGUAAGCCUUGGAAUUCUCCCUUAAAAGACAGAACUUUAUUUUGUCCUUGUGGUUUUUGAACUAACUUAUGAUUUAUUAUGGCCUAGGGUAAUAAAAAAUCAUGAUGCACAAGCCACUAGCCGUCACCUUCAGCCCCCAACUAAAACCUCUCC